AUGAUGGAAAGAAACAUCCUGAGCAAGUACAAGAGCUUCUUCAAUUUUGUUAACACCGUGAAAAAUAAGGCAGAGAAGGAAAAGGCCCUGCAGUAUAGCCAACAUUUGUACUUAAAAAACAUAUCAAGGAGCAAUUAUAACGUUAAAAAUAAUGUCGACCAGAUUUAUGACAAUAAGCUUUUCCUGAAGUACUGGAUGAGGAAGAAAAGGCCUGGGGCCAGAAACUGA